CUGCGGCGCGCAGUGGACCGGCCGCCUCUCCUUCCCGACGCCCACGGGAAGUCGCGCAGCGCUCGGCGGGCGAGGAGGACGGACCCGUGGCGGAGGUGCUGCGCCGCCCGCCUCCCCGAAUGAAAUGAAAUGCUGAGAAAUAAAGCUUUCCUAUUCUGAUUUGGAUCUUUAUAAUGGGUAUCGGAAAGUCUAAAACGGAUCCCUGCCCUCUUUCUCUCUCUUGGGGUAAAAGCCACAGUGUGGAUACGAGUCAAAGACAUCACAAGUCAGAUUCCAAGAAAUCUGAAGAAAUCUCCCUGAGUAAUGCUGCUGCUCAUAGCAAUACAGCAGAGAUGCCAACAGGGGAGCAGGAGGGAGCCAAGGGAGUGGAGGAGAUGCCAGAAGAGGAAGCAGAAGAAGAGGUGUUCCUCAAAUUUGUGAUACUGCAUGCUGAAGAAGACACAUACGAAGCCCUCCGAGUCCAGAAUCUGCUGGAAAAUGACUUCGGCAUCAAACCUGGAAUAAUCUUUGCUGAGAUGCCAUGUGGCAGGCAGCAUUUACAGAAUUUGGAUGAUGCUGUCAAUGGGUCUGCCUGGACAAUCUUAUUAUUGACCGAAAACUUUUUAAGAGAUACCUGGUGUAAGUUCCAGUUCUAUACGUCCCUCAUGAACUCUGUUAACCGGCAGCACAAGUACAACUCCGUCAUCCCCAUGCGGCCCCUGAACAACCCCCUGCCCCGAGAAAGGACUCCCUUUGCUCUGCGAACCAUCAACGCCCUGGAGGAAGAAAGUCGUGGCUUUCCUACACAAGUGGAAAGGAUUUUUCAGGAUUCUGUGUAUAGGAUACAGCAAGCUAUAUGGAAAGAGACCAGAAAUAUGGUACAAAGGCAAUUUAUUGCCUGAGAUGGAACACACAACACACAGCAGGCUCUUGUUUUGUAAAACAAAUGAUUUAUCUUCACUUGAGAAAGCAAAUUUCUGGGAAAAGUUCAGAUGAAAGAGAACCUUACUCUUACAGAAACUUAUGGAGCCCAAGAAAGAUAAAUUUCUGCAGGACAGUCUAU